UUAAGAAACAGUUGUUUGUUUCUUAUUAUUUUUAUACAAGAUUCCCAGCAACGUAUAAAUCGUUCACCAGUAAAACUGUAAUAUUCAAUUGCUGUUCAAUCAAUUUCAUUCGAAACGUAUUAUUACAUCGUAAUUGCACAAGAUAUAGUUACAAUUCGUGUUGAAUGAAAAAUGGCUGCAAACGUAAGAACAGAAAUGCGGAUUCCUACACGUUCGGCUCCUCGUCCACCUAUUAACUCGACGUCACAAAGAAACGUUAUUUGGAAUGGCACGAAUAAUGUUUUUGGUUCUUCGUUAACUCAACAACCUGUUCAGAAGAAGAAACCACCACCUCGGCCACCACCUCCAAAAUUUACUCAAAAUUACACACAAGCACAGAAGGAAAAACUUAAGAAACCAGUAAGGCCGACAGAACUUUUAACCAAUCUUUUUGGAAGAAGAAAAAGUGCACAUCCAAGCGUGACGCAAUUGAAUAGCCAGAUACAUAACACAAUAUUACAUUCGGAAAACACAAAUGGCUCAAUUUGUUUGAUAGAUUUUAGUCCACCUGGAUCUCCAACGUUCACAACUCGAUCGAGUAGCGAUGGUGUUAGCGUUGAUAGUUUUGGCAGCGAUGGAAACUCAAAUCCAUCUGCGUUCACAAGCAGUGGAAAUACAUCUCAAACGGAAAGUGCCUUUGAAGAUGAUUUUGACUUUUUUGGAAUAUCUACUAAAAAAACAUCACAAAACGAUCCAUGGAAAGUUAAUUCAGUGACAGAUCCAUUCGGACCAUUAGAAGUCACUAAUCAUAACUCGUUACAGUCUACGAAACAAGUAGAUGCGUGUUUUUUUGCUUUUAAUGCAAAUAAUUAUACCAACAAUCAAGUACCUUUGAAUCAGACGUCUUUGAAAACUACUCAUUCAAUGCCAACUAUAAUCCGUGCAAAACCACCCAAACCUCCAGUUCCAAAAGUUUUACAAAUGAAAAUGGAACAAAAGAUCAAUAAUGUCGAAACUGAUUCGAGGUGUUCAAACAAAACAGUGCCUUUUGCUAAGCCAAUGACAUUGGAUUUAAGUAACUCAUGGCAAAAUGAUUCUAAGGACAAUCCUUCGCCUCCAAUGCCUACAAUACCACCGCCUGCACCACCUUUAGAAUAUUUAGCAGAAGUAAAUAAUGAUUUACCAAUCAAUAGCGAAGAACCUUAUGGCAUUGCUCUGUACGAUUUUCCGUUAAUACAUGCGGGUGAUUUGCCUUUCAAGCAAAACGAUGUAAUAUAUUUGAUACGAAAAAUCAACGAGGAUUGGAUGGAGGGUAGAAUAGGAAAUCAACAAGGAAUAUUUCCUAUUAAUUUUAUUGACAUAAGAGUACCAUUGCCUGGUAUUCCAGAUAAUAUAGUUACUGCUAUCUAUCCUUUCAAAGGUGAAACAACAGAAGAUUUAGUAUUUGAUGAAGGAGAUAAAAUUACAGUUUUAUCGAGGAUUUCACACGAUUGGUUAUAUGGUGAGUGCAAAGAUCGAAAAGGACAAUUUCCGGUAAAUUACGUAAAUAGAAUCCCAUGUAAUCUUCCAUUAUCACAUUAACUUGCACGUUCUCUCGUAUUACGAAUGAUAUGUCAGUGGUUUUUCUGUGGUAAAUUUGAUUCUUGAUCUUAUACAUGCGAUAAAUUUUUAUAAUGAUAUUUUCGUAAAAUAAGAAACAAAAAGUUUUAAAUU